CCCCACGUUGACACGUUACGUCAGUCCGGCGUCGUUAGGUGGAGCGGGGGCUGUUGUUGUUGCUGCUGUCGUCGUUCGGGACGUGAAAUCACAUUUAAACCGUUGAGACUCGGAAUAAACAACUGACACCGUCUGUAUACCACUGCUCGGUAGUUUGUUUCCUUUUGCUGCCUUGAGUCAACAUGGGAAACUGUUUGACAGUGGGGCCAAAUGAAGCUCUGGUGGUCUCCGGUGCUUGUUGUGGCUCUGAUGCGAAGACUUAUGUUGUGGGAGGCUGGGCCUGGGCCUGGUGGCUCAUCUCAGACACUCAAAGGAUGACCCUGGAGAUCAUGACCCUGCAGCCGCGAUGUGAGGAUGUGGAGACAGCAGAGGGGGUCGCCAUCACUGUCACUGGGGUGGCUCAGGUGAAAGUCAUGACCGAGCAAGAUUUACUGGCAGUAGCUUGUGAGCAGUUUCUGGGUAAAUCAGUGAUGGAAAUCAAAGCUGUGGUUCUGCAGACUUUGGAGGGACAUCUGCGCUCCAUUCUAGGUACUUUAACUGUAGAGCAAAUCUAUCAGGACAGGGACCAGUUUGCUAAGCUGGUGAGGGAGGUAGCGGCUCCUGAUGUGGGCAGGAUGGGCAUCGAGAUUCUCAGCUUUACCAUUAAGGAUGUCUACGAUAAACUAGAUUACCUGAGCUCCCUUGGGAAGACCCAGACUGCUGCUGUCCAAAGGGAUGCUGACAUUGGCGUGGCUGAGGCAGAGAGGGAUGCUGGGAUACGGGAAGCAGAUUGUAAGAAGGAGAUGAUGGACGUCAAAUUCCAGGCUGACACCAAGAUGGCUGACUCAAAACGAGAAUUAGAGCUGCAGAAGGCUUCUUUCAACCAGGAAGUUAACACUAAGAAAGCAGAAGCCCAGCUGGCGUAUGAGCUGCAGGCAGCCAAGGAACAGCAAAAAAUCCGCCUGGAAGAGAUUGAGAUCCAGGUGGUGCAGAGGAAGAAAGAGAUCACCAUUGAAGAGAAGGAGAUUGCCCGGACAGACAAGGAGCUCAUUGCCACAGUCAAGAGGCCCGCUGAAGCUGAGGCCUACAAGAUAGAGCAGCUGGCUGAGGGGCAGAAGAUGAAGGCAGUGCUGAUAGCCCAGGCUGAGGCAGAGAAGAUCAGGAAGAUUGGUGAGGCAGAGGCUUGUUCCAUCGAAGCGGUGGGCAAAGCGGAGGCUGAGAAGAUGAGACUGAAGGCAGAGGCUUACCAGCAGUAUGGCGAUGCAGCGAAGACUGCGCUGGUCCUCGAAGCGCUGCCAAAGAUUGCUUCCAAAGUAGCAGCACCAUUAGCCAAGACCAAUGAGAUUGUCAUCCUGAGCGGGGAGGGCAGCCGUGUGACAGGCGAGGUGAACCGCCUUCUGGCAGAGCUUCCUGUGUCUGUCAAGGCUCUCACUGGAGUGGAUUUGUCAAAGAUCCCGUUGCUGCAGAAGAUGACCACUACUCAAGCCUGAAUACUGAAGACACCACAUGAAUCCAGUAUCUGUUGUAUGCACUCUCAUAGAUUGCCUUUAAUACACUUGAAGAUUUUUGUUGUUUUAUAUGUAUAUACUGUAUACCAAGUGAAUUUUGGAAACCUCUGGUGCCUUACUUUAUACAGGACCAGAAAAUCUGCAUGCACUGCUGCUCAUUCAGAUAAAUUUAGUUUUAACACUGGAAUAUUUAGUGUUCUUUUUCUUUUUUGUAUUCGAAUAGUGUACUGAAUAUUGGCCCAUUUGUAUGAAAUGUCACUGAAGAGGCAGACUGAUGUUAGAGUGGUGAGGCAGUUGACUAGCUGCUGACUCUCACCAGAUUACAUUUAUAUUAAUUACCUUGUGAGCCGACAGCAGAUGUUGACUCCUAUUCUUUGAUAUAUUUACCUGUGGGCUCACUUUCUACACUCUGUAUGUCACAGGCCUUUUUGUUGAUUUAUAUACCUCUCAUUUUAUUGUUAUACAUGUGCAUUCUCUAGAUAAUCUGAAUAUUUAAUUGGUAAUUAUAGAACUUUCUUUGUGCUGUGCA